GUGUGCAGUCGUCAUGUUUCAAAUUCCGUCAUCUCUUGUCAAAUAUUACAACCCAAUUCUCAUCAGCACGACAACCGGAAACCAACAGACUAAACCUUCGAUUGAAACAAAUCUAGCUACUGCAGGACUAAACGCUACAUCUGCGAUCUCAGCGCUUUCGCACCACCUAGCUGGUGUCGUCGCGGGAAGAGCUCCAGUCGCUGGUGACUCCGAAAGUCCGUGCGACAACAUUGAGCUGCUCAACUCUCUUCUGCCACCAAGAGAAUGGAAGAAAGACGGAGAGAUGUGGGUACAAAAAGUAUGCUCCGUACCGGCAACCACCACAGACGUUGCCAACCUUGAGGAGGAGCUUGAUGUUAGAUUGCGAGAACUACAUGCUAGGGAGACGGGUCUGUGUUUGAUCAGAAGAGAAUUGUACUCACAAUGCUUUGAUGAGUUGAUUAGACAAGUCACUAUAAGCUGCGCAGAGAGGGGAAUGCUACUGGGAAAAAUACGUGAAGAGCUUCAGACAACCAUAACUGGCUACCAAGAGGUGUAUGAAAGCAACAUGGCGUUUGGUGCACGAAAAGCCCUGCUAGCAAAACAGAGAAUAGAAAACUUUGAGAAAACGGUGCAGAAGCUUGAGGAACAAAAACAGGAAAUAAGACAGAAGAUAAAAGAGCUAAAGACAGACUCGGAGACAACAGGAAAACUUCAAAAGAGACGACAAAUGUCAGAAGAAAGCAAACGAGCAGAAGAGAUAGAGCGUCUCAAGAAACAAGUUCAGUAUCAGAGGAAUGAGCUCUCAGCCAUUCUUGCUUCAUCCAAAAAGCAAUAAAUACCAGUUACCGAAAUGCCAUACAAGCAAUAAAUGAGAGUUAUUAGAAGAGCUACUUGACUAAUCUAGUCUGUACAAUGAGAAGACACAUGGUAUUUAGUUAAGACUUUCCCUACCUAACA